CACACGUGUUGACUUCGAUGAACACAUUCAGAAGUUGAGAUUAUUAAAAUUUUAAUAAUUAAUUUGCUAGUGUAGCGAUUGCAAAAAUGUCGGUCUAUCACGACGAAGUGGAAAUUGAAGAUUUUGAAUAUGAUUCAGACAGCGAAAUCUACUAUUAUCCCUGCCCGUGUGGAGAUCGUUUUGAAAUCUCUAAAGAACAACUCGAAAGUGGUGAAGAAGAGGCGACCUGUCCUAGUUGUUCUCUCAUAGUUAAAGUGAUUUACAAUAAAGAAGAAUUUUUUCAAAGUGAGGAAAUUAUGUGUUCCUCUACAAAGAAGGAACUCACAACAUGAAGAACUAGGUGUAUCCUACAGAUUUUCAAAAUGAGUAAUUGUAUCACGUCAUA